GUUACGCAUCUUCUGGAAACAUCUCCAAACUUCUGCCAAUGUGCCACUAGCUGAGACUGCCAGUCAAUGAGUGACGUAACCGAAGCCUCAAUGGAUUUAACCAGAUUUCAGAUAGAAGGAAAGCGUUUCGACUCUCAACCCUGUCUUUAAACUCGUGUGUCACGCCAACUUCAGCUGUCUCAGCCAAUAGGAUGCUGCAACAGUGAUGCUACCUGACAACAACAGCUGACGAGUGAGGUUGGCCGUAAACUAGACUACUCGCCGGUAUCAUGGCGAGAGUAUUUUGACCAGAUGGAAGAUGUGAGUGUGGGACUGCCCGAAAGCAGGGAUGUCUUCAGGGUUUAUAAAGCUGGAAAUGAGGGACCUCUGCUGGUUCUGCUACACGGAGGAGGACACUCAGCCCUGUCCUGGGCAGUCUUCACUACAGCCAUCACCAGCAGGGUGACCUGCAGGGUACUUGCCAUGGACCUCAGGGGUCACGGUGACUCAUGUGUCCGCCAAUCAGAUGACUUCUCAACUCAAACUAUGUCCAGCGACAUAGCCAAUGUAAUUCGAGCCUGCUAUGGUGACACUGCUCCCCCCAUCAUCCUGAUUGGUCAUGGUGUCGGUGGGGCGAUAGCAGUACACACGACCAGCAACAUGUUGCUACCGUCCACUGUGGGCCUGGUGGCUAUAGAUGUUGUGGAAGGUAGUGCGAUGGAUGCACUUCACAGUAUACAGAACUUCCUGAAGGGAAGACCCAAGUCCUUCAAGUCCAUGGACCAUGCCAUAGAGUGGAGCUACAAGAGUGGACAAAUCAGAAACCUGGAAUCUGCCAGAGUCUCAAUGGUUGGUCAGAUCAAAAGAUGUGAGGUAGAGGAGGUCAACACUCUGGAGCAGGCCAGUCCAGUGACUGAUGUAGUUGUUGAGCGCAACGAGGAGUUCUACGAUCAGAGCUACGUCAACGAUAAAGAAAACGCUGCCUCAGAGGUGAGCCUCAGUGAAGGCCAGAGUGUGUACAAGUGGCGUAUAGACCUGUCAAAGUCAGAAAAGUACUGGGAUGGAUGGUUUAGAGGAACCUCUAACCUCUUCCUUGCCUGUAACCUGCCCAAACUCCUGCUAUUGGCUGGCAUCGACCGGCUGGACAGAGAUCUGACAAUCGCCCAGAUGCAAGGUAAAUUCAUGAUGCAGGUGCUGCCCCACUGUGGCCAUGCAGUGCAAGAAGACAAACCAGACAAAGUAGCUGAAGCUGUGGCCGCCUUCCUGUUGAGACACAAGUUUGCUGAACCAAGAAAAGAAACUACGAGACCAGCACAAAUGAGCUCCAGAUUUGGAGUUGACUGCAUCCUCAUUUUCCCUGAAGACCACCACAAACCUUCAUUUUCUUCCUCCCAACUUCAUCCUUUUAUCGGAAGCUCACGGCGACACCACGACACGACCGCAGCCCUGCGCAGUCUGCUCGGUGGCGGAGUGAACUUGUGA